ACUAAAGAUGCCACAAUUGUUGCUGCAUCUGCUGCUGCUGCUGCUGCUGGCGGCCACAACAGUUGCUGCCACAACAGCUGACGAGCCAGAGGACAUUUGCCUGCAUUGCAGCUGCAAUCGCACGACAGUUGUUUGCAACUUUACACACGCCAACAAGCUCGCUUGGGUUUGGAACGGCAACUAUAAGAUACCAAACAUCAUUUUGGCCGUGGAACUGCAGCUGGCGGGCAACACCGAAUUCACAUUGCAGAAUGGCACUUUCCAUGAGAAUCGCGUCAAUUCGUUUGUCAUCAAGGGCGGCUACGCGGGCAACGAUCAAGUGGAGUUGGCCCAAUACGCGUUUGCCGGCAAUAAGGGCGGCUAUCCCGAAAUUCGCAUUGUGGAUGUGGGAAAUGUUUUCCUACGCGCCAAUGCAUUCUCAGGUAGUGAAAUAAAGCUGCGCGUGGAGAACAGCAAAACACUCGAUGUCUUCCCCCAUGCGUUUAUCAACAUGAACAUGACUUGCAAUUUGAUAAACAUAGAACAGCUGAAGAUUCAAAAGAACAGCUUCAGUCCCAGCACAGAUUUGCGUGUAAAGUCUUCAGUGAUUCUCAAUGUGGAGAACUGCACUAUACCGCUGAUCGAAAGCUUCGAUGUUUCAAUGAACAAAAUUGCAUUUAAAUCGUGCACAAUUUACACGGUGCAGAGUCAGGCGUUUGAGGUGACGCGCAUCGAUGAGGUGUCCUUUGAGAAUUGUCGCAUAGAGAAGAUUGAGGCGAAUGCAUUUACCAACAAACUGGAGUGUGGCAAUUUCUCCAUUACAGACUCACAGAUAGGAACGAUUGAGCACAAGGCGAUCAAUGGCAGUGGCAUAACGGCAUUGACUUUGAGAAAUAACAACAUCGAAACUAUACGCGGCAAUGCCAUUGAGAUAAACAGCAUUGAUGUCUAUGUGGAGGAGAAUAAAGUGAAGCACUUGGAUGCGCACUGGCUGCACGUGAAGGUGGCGGAUGUGGUGAGCAUCAAGGACAAUCGAUUCGAUAACUAUGCCAAGCUGCAGUUGGACCAAACGUCGAGACGCGCCAACUGCAGCUUUGCCAACAAUUUGCUGGGCCAGAUGCAGGCGGCGAGUCUGAACUUUGGCAGCUGCGAAGUGCGCAACAUAACGUUGCAACGCGGCUGCAGCUGCGACGACACCAAGCACUUGCUGCCAGCGCUAACCGAGCACGAUCUGAGCGCCGAGGUCUACUGCCAGCCGCCGCAGCGUUUGCGCAACUGCCUCAAGCUGCGGACGGUGCACAUGCGACGCUUUGGCUACGACGCCUGCGGCGUUAAUCGCACCAGUCUGCACUGCGUGGACAACAGCACGCUGGACUGCUGGCAUGGCGACUGCUCGUCGAAGCAGCGAGCGCGAGCCAGCAGCAGCGCGGCUACAGCAUCAUCGAGAUUGCCACACUGGUCUGCUGCAUUCUGAUGUUUGUGCUGCUGCUGCUCUGCGUCGGCUGCUUGAUCUACAAGUGCAGGCGCUACAAGUGCGUCGAGGCGCACUGCAGCAUGUCGA